AUGGAGGUGUCAGCUGGUACAGAGUCCCACUACAGCACAGUCGCCAGCAAUGACUACAUGCCUGGAAUCUUAUGUGUGAGCAUGGAUGUGCGGGCCUUUGGAAUAACGGUGCUGACUCCCCUGUACUCCCUGGUGUUCAUCGUUGGCGUGAUAGGCAACAUCCUGGUGGUUCUGGUGCUCAUGCAGCACAGGAGGCUUCGGAGCAUGACCAGCAUCUACCUGUUCAACCUGGCCAUCUCUGACCUGGUCUUCCUCUUCACAUUACCUUUUUGGAUUGACUAUAUCAUAAAAGGAGACUGGAUUUUUGGUGAUGCCAUGUGUAAGUUCCUCUCUGGAUUUUACUACCUGGGCUUGUACAGUGGCAUGCUUUUCAUCACGCUGCUCACGAUCGAUAGGUACCUAGCCAUUGUCCAUGUUGUGUUUGCCUUGCGAGCCCGGACUGUCACUUUUGGCAUCAUCACCAGCAUCGUCACCUGGGUCCUGGCCAUCUUGGCUUCCAUUCCUUGUCUGUAUUUUUUCAAGGCCCAACUGGAGUUCACUUACCAUACCUGCAGAGCGGUUCUGCCCAGAGAGAGCCUGAAAUACUUUUUGCGGUCUCAGGCUCUAACAAUGAACCUCCUUGGGCUCAUUUUGCCUCUGUUGGCCAUGAUCAUCUGCUACACGAGGAUCAUCAAUGUUCUGCACAGAAGACCCAAUAAGAAGAAGGCCAAAGCCAUGCGUCUGAUUUUCGUUAUUACACUUCUCUUCUUCCUCCUCUGGACCCCAUACUAUCUGGCUGCAUUUGUUUCUGCUUUUGAAGACUUCCUUUUCACCAGCAGCUGUGAGAGAAGCCAGCAGCUGGACCUGGCCUUGAUGGUAACUGAGGCAAUCGCCUACACCCACUGCUGUGUCAAUCCAGUCAUCUAUGUCUUUGUGGGUGAGCGCUUCCGGAAGUACCUCAGGCAGCUGUUUCAGAGGCAGACAGCUAUAACCCUGGCAAAAUGGCUGCCCUUCCUUUCUGUAGACCGAACACAGAGGGCUAAUGCCGUGUCUCCAUCCACAGGGGAUAAUGAGCUCUCUGCUGGCCUCUAA